ACAAAGGAUCAAACAAGGUCCAAAAGCCAAUAAACAAGCUCUCUCCUGGCAUGGCCAUGGCAUACGAGCUUGGUCAAAGCCUGCUCUGCAAGCCAUACAGUACUAGUGGCUUAAAAACCAAGUCUUGCUAUGCUAAUAGAAAUGAAAGCAAAGUAAGCAGAGUCCAAAUAAUCCAAACAAAGAAUAAACGAUGCCUUAGAUGCUACACUCCUUACUCCGACCAAGACAACUCCCCCACCGCUUGUUCCUUCCACGGCCACACUACUGGAGAAAGAGGGUUAUUGGCAUUGGCUCCACCGCACCAAGGAAUCGAUGGGGAGUGGAGUGACCGGUCUGGUGUAAUCGUGUACAGAUGGAAUGAGAGGAAUAACAGACCAAACACUGGAAGUGGCAAUUGGAAGAAGAGAUGGAGCUGCUGUGCUGAGUAUGGUGAAGAUGCACCACCUUGUCGGCGAGGUUGGCACGUUUCCUAUGAUGAUGGCUACACAUUGUAUUAAUACUUUUUAACCAUAUUCUUCUAUAUACACAAUCAUAUGAAAGAACAUUAGAUUUUGGUUUGAAACCUUCUUAGCUUUGAUAACCUGAUGUACAUGGUUAAAGCUUCUGCAGUAGCAAAUAAAAAUGCUUUGAAAACAUAAGAAAUAAAGUUCAAUUACAGUUUA